UACAUGUGGCGAUAUUGGCUGCAGAGCUCGUAGGUGUACUACGCACUACUACGCGCUACUACGCAUUGCUACGCUCUGCUACGAACUACUAUAUACACGUAUUUGUUAAUAACUCCAAUCAAAAAUUAUGUUGCUCCAAUUAUACAUAGUUAAUAUGUUCUCUAUUGUCCGGUUGUAUAGUAUAAUGUGGUGCCGGCCCGAUUCCCAGAUAGAGAUAAUAAUAUUAGUAAUCUUUUGUAGUAAUGAUAUCGCAAGGAGCUUCGAGACGACACCUAGGAGGACCUGUGCGUGACCUCUCCGCUCGUGAAUGAGAGAGCACUGGCAGGUACACUUCCAAGUGGUUUACGAGUUAAUAUUUAUAUAUCAGUUGCAAUUAGCCAACAGCGCGUGGUUGAUAAUUUAUCUAUACUUAUAUUAUAAAUGCGUCUUGUCUUCACGCCUAAACGACUAAACCGAUUUCUGUGAAAUUCGGUACAGACGUAGUUUGGAACUCGAAAAAGCACAAAGGAUAGUUUUUAUAUCAAAAAUCAGCAGGAAGUCACUAUUCCAAGCGAAUGAAGUCGCGGGCAAAAGCUUGUAGUUAAUAAAUUACCUCCGUUAAUUUACUAGUUAGUGAUUAGUAGUUUAUUAUCUUUGCAGCUAUUUGUUUAUGUUAACCUAUGAAAGUGAUUAGAUCAGUGUACACUAAUUAUGGUAUUUGUCAAUUUUUGAAAUUGCAGUGCUCGUCAGACAGUCCGGGAAGCAAUGUACCUCCCCUGCCGCCCCGCGGGCUGCCUGCUGCAGGCUGCUGGUGGCACGCUUCCUCUACUGCCUCGCAGUGUUAGACACCAUAUUAUUAUUAUAUUGCAAACUUAACUAAUGAAUUCACUAGCUGUGGUAAAUUACAAUGUUUGUAAUGUGGAGCCUUGUUGUAACAAUACAGUACAGUACACUAGUCCUGCGGCUGCCGCAGGUAACGACUGGGGGACUACACACUUUGACAACCCUACUACUUGAACGAGGUCAGCUGUUGACUAUCUCGCUGCCGCUAUUUGUAUAUUGGUAGACUUGUCUUCUAGAAAAUGUAAGUUUAAAAUUAUGUCGGAGUCUGUAAAGCAAUGAGCAGUGUCGGUUGGUGACGGCGGGUAGAGGGCACACGGGAGGAGGGCGUGAGGCGCUAUCCCAUGAUUACUAUUAUCGCAGGUAAUUAGACCGAUGAUCGAUGUCUCAAGUAAGCCUCUAAUUGAUAAGAUAUCGCGACGCAUUACUCUUAUCGACUUUUUAUUGUUAAGAUACGUAUCGUAAAUACAAUAAUUAUUGUUUAAAGCGCACCUCAUACCUACUAUAUUAUAGCGACAUAAAUUCGGGGAUAAGAGAGGAUUAUUACCGCCAGGCGGAGGUCACGUCAUUCGCUGCACUCCUCCUGUCCACCUCCGCAGUAGUCCCAGCACGACGCCGCCUCCCUCGCACACAGGAGCCAGUCACGUACUCCCACUGAACAUAUGUACCACCGCCGAGGCGCCACCACUCCUGCUGCAGCUGCACGUCUACACCAACCUCACCAAUAACUAAACUCCUCCACCGAGCAAGUCUCGCGUGACUGUAAACAGCUUGUCAGAUAGCCGUACUACACAAAUACAGAAGUACUGCUACCUGUUGAAACUAUCUCAAUCGGAUAUCAUUGAACAACUAACAGAGUUGUUUAAAACAAGAAUAGCAUUUACUUGGAUAUCUGUUUUGAUUAGUUAAGUUAUCAACGUGAUAGUCAGAUAGUGCAGUCGGUGUAAGAGGCAGCCGUCUCAGCAUCAGCGCGGCCGCAGCCCGCGCCGGCGCUGGGCGCGGAGACAGGCCGCGCGGCGAGGGGGGCGCGGCGCCGGCGCUCGGCCAAUGGCAGCGCGGCCUCGCACGCACACAGGCGCGCGGACCGGCCCACUCGGAAAGCUCGCCUCUCACCUGGAGCGCAGCAGACGAGCUGAGCGCUCGCCGCCACACUCCGUCGCCCGCGACUCUCGCGCCCGUACUUACUCGCGCCCGCAGAGCGAGCCCUGCACCCACCGCACGCAGCCCGCGACCAGCGCCCGGCGCACGGUAGGAAUGGAGAACGUGGCUCAGAUGGAGCAGGCCGACGUGCACGCCUCCGCGGAGGCCCUCGAGCUGGUGAAGAACGAGGUGCGCUCCGAGCAAGAGCAGGCCCCGGAGAACUCGACCGCUACAGACGCGCCAGCCGACCUGCACGACCAGCAAGCGGGCCCCGGACCCCUGCACGAGCAGGCCGGCCCCGCCAGUAUGCGAGAGCCCUCCCCUCCUGCGCACUCACACUCCGUCAUUACCUCGCGCCGAGCUGUGCGCACUAUCACCGCCGCUGGGCAUAUCACCACUGAUGAGCCCGGGGAACUCGCCAACGAUGAAGGAGUCAAGGAUGAGCCGCAGGAACAACCUCCGCUGGACGAGCAACAGCUGCAAGUUCAGCACUACACCGCCGCCAAGCUGGAGGACGCUGAGGCGCGAGAGCAGCAACACUACGACGAGGAGCGGCUGCGCCUCGCUGAGGCAGAAACGUCGCGCUACCUCGCCUUCAAACAGGAGCCGUACCGCGCGCUGGCGUCGCCCGGCGACAAGCGCGCGCCGCCGCAGUACGCGCGCCCGCCGCAGCGGCCCGCCUACGGCCGCGGGCUCGCGCUGCGCUACGGCGCGCCGCAUCACGUCAUCGUGGCGCAAGACGGGGACACUGAGGAGGGUGCACACGAUGCUUUCCUGCACAAGGAAAAGGAACAGCUCCAGGCCUACGCGGGUGGAGAGGGUACCACCGCUGAUAACCGACAGUAUGCUGCCGUACUGAGCGACCAAGGUGCUUCUACUCUAGAGAUGAUCCAAACCACGGCCCUGAACAACCAGCAGUCAGUCGGCGUCGCAUACCAGCAGGUGAAGUACGAGGCGCGGGCAGAAGGCGAGCCUCGGCCGACUACUUACGCCAGCCUGCAGCCGGUGACGUCAGUACACGGGGGAUAUGCGUAUGCGGGACAGAGUCCGCAGUACGCUGGCGGGGGAUACGGGGCGUACGCCGGGGGCAGCAAGGAGUUGCUGACUCUGUACGGCGGCGGCCCCGCCGCGGCCGGGGGCGCCGGGGGCGCGCGGGGCGACGAGUCCCCGCCGGGGCAGCUGCUGUACCGCAGCGACCCCACGCUGUCGUCCUCGUCGCUGGCGCGGGGCACGCACGUCGUGUAUGGCUCCGUGGUCCCGCAGUCCCAGGCAGUGUAUGAGACACCGCCCAGCCCCAACUCACAACAGGUGACGCUGUACACGCACGGCAACACAGUGCAGUACAAGGUGGGGGGCGAGCACUACUUGGGCCAGGGAGGCGGCGUGGAGUACGUGCCAGUGUCAGGGUACGAAGGCGGCCUGCUGGUCGAGGGCUACCCUGCACCUGCGCAAGCCUGGCCUGGACAUAACCUUUUACCCAUCGACGACAGCUUUGAUCCCAGUAUGGCAGGCAUGGGCGAGGUGAAGGAGUGCGUGAACUGCGCGGCGGCCACCACCCCGCUGUGGCGGCGCGACGGCACCGGCCACUACCUGUGCAACGCGUGCGGCCUGUACACGCGCAUCAACGGGGUCAACCGGCCGCCGCUCAAGGGACAGAAGGCCAAGCCGCAGCAGGCCCUGCCGAGCAACGGCAACCGGCGCGUGGGCGUCACGUGCGCCAACUGUCGCACGUCCAACACGACGCUGUGGCGCCGCAACAACAACGGGGAGCCCGUCUGCAACGCGUGCGGCCUCUACUACAAGCUGCACAACGUGAACCGGCCGCUCAGCAUGAAGAAGGACGGCAUCCAGACGCGGAAACGGAAGCCCAAGAGCAUGGGAGGAGGGCACGGCGGCGUGGCGCGGGCCGGGGGCGGGCCGCUGGCGGGUGAGUACGUGGGUCAGUGGCCGCGCGGCCUGGACGCCAGUCGCGACUAACGCACCUGUGGUCCGCAGCGGACGCACACAGGGGGCUGCCCCCGCUGUACGCGGCCGUCGAGGGCGCGGGCGGGGGCGCGGGGGGCGCGGGGGGCGCGGCGCCCGCCUCGCUGCUGCUGCUGCCGGCGGCGCGCCAUGCGGCCGACAUGUGAGUACCGCGGGGUCUGCCUGCCGCGAGGACUCCCGGCCUCGCUACCUCCGCACCGCACUUCUGCUCCUGUCCAGCUCCGUUGCACUCUUUGCUUCGCUUGCUCUUUCACUAGUCGUAUAGUUUGGACUUGUUGCUUCUUUAGUUCUGCACUUUGACUAAUCGCACCCUCUACUGUCUUCUCUCCAACUCCCUCGUACGCACUGAAUGUUACAAGAUAUUGAUGCUUCAAAUGUCUCUUCAGUUAGCUACAGAGUAGUAUGUAUGUGACUCCUGUUAGUAGAGACUCAGAGUUAUACUAUGACGACAGUUGGCAGUUCUCUUAAAAUCUGUAUAAUUAACGUUAUUUACGUUUGCAUUACGUUAUCUCAAGGUUGAGCGCUAUUUUGCCACAAAUUAUAUUAAUAGCAAAUUUGUAUUUACACCAUCUUCCUGCCGUUGUACACUGAGGUUCAGUUUGUGUCUUACCAAAUAUCUUACAGAUGAUGUUUGAAUGUUAGACAAGACACGACACAAGCUUCGUGGUAAUUACACAAGUAUGGUAUUGCAGGGUACCAGCGCUAGAUCGCAGCGCCCAGCACUACCGGCCGCCGUAACAUGACGCGUUCUCCCCCGCGCCUUGGCGCCCUCUGCGCGCCGGCGCCCCGCGCGCCUCGCGCCCUCAACGCUCUGCUGCCUCCAUUGCAAACAACGCGAGGAAAACUACUCUUUGAUAUCCGCAAUUGAAACGUCACCGUGCUUGCAACCUAGAUACCUGAGCUCGGCGGCUGGGAGGCGCGGAGUGUAAGGACUCAGUGUAGUGCAGUGCCAGUGCGGAGCGUGCACCAUGUACUUGUUUACGUAAUUUGUUAGGUUUAGAUGUAACACGCGACGAAUUUACUAUAUGUUAUAAAUGUUGUGUAUGUUGAGUGUGUGUGUGUGCGUGCGCGAGUGUGUGCUAAAGUGUCUCAGUUGGUUCAGCUAAUUAGGUUUACAUAUUUAUAUUUUGAUAAAACUGUUUGAACUGUUACGAUAUAAGAGUUUACAAAAUAUGCGACAAAAUAAAAUGAUUGUUGCGAGUGUACGUGUUGUGAUUGUGUCGCAAGUGGGAGCUACCUGCUGCGGCUGUACUGCAUGACCAGCCCCGACGUUGUGCCUCGUGGUGGAACACAACCACUUCAGGAAAUGUAUUUAUGUAUUUAGAUUAUAAGUGUGGGAGAGCCAUGCUUCGGCUCGAAUGGGUCGGCUUGACCGUAGUGAUACCACGGCUUCACAGAAAACCGGCGUGGAAAGAGUUGUUUCGCCGUGUGAGUGAGAUUACCGGAGGCCUAAUACUUCCCCUACCCCAAUCCGUUAGCCGGGGUUGCGGGGUAAGCGCAAUGAGGCACCGCGACCUCGGCAUAGAGCAGGAGAAGGAACAGGGGGGUUUUUAGUCAGUAAGAGUCUGACACUCCCUCCUGCCCGGCCCUGGGCGGGAGAAGUCAUUUGAUGAUUUUUUUUACUCACAAAAAAAAAACCCCAAUCCGUUCCCUUUUCCAAAAUCUCCAAAUCUCUAAUCCCCAAAAGGUCGACAACGCACUCGUAACUCCCCCGUCGCUGCGGGUGUCCAUGGGCGACGCUGAUUGCUUACCAUCAGGUAAUCCGUUUGCUCGUUUGCCGACCCAUAACAUAAAAAAAAUAUUACUGUCACCAAAAUAAAUACUGGAAAAAAU